ACAAAACCGCUUUUGUCGGAAUGUGUCGUUAUUUAUCUUGGGUACAGCGGUAAGUUUGUAUAUAUGCACACUUUCGUAAUUGAUAAAAAACAAUAGACCACAGACUGAUGAAGACAGAACUGAUUCCCUAAACGAGUGGACGGACGAAUUUUGCCUGUUUAACAAACUGGGUUGCCGAUUCCUUCCUUUACUUCUUCGUAUUCGCUUGUGAUUACUUGAAUGAUGGAUGAAUUUGAAUCUGAAUCGCUGGACGUGGGUGACUUUGAAGUGGUAGACGAAUGCGAAAGUGAAGAAGAAUCGGAAACUGAAGAGAACUCUGAAAAUAAAUCAAAGAACGAUUUGCGAGAGGAAGAUAGUGAUUCGAGAGAUAAAGUGAAUCUCAAGAACCUACUAAAGACGAUUACUGAGCCGAAUACAACAGAAGCGAUGGACGCUUCUGAUAGUAAUGAAACCGUUACUACAGAAGCCGCAAAAUCUGAUGUUUCAAAAGAAGCUGAGAUGGAAGUCACAGAAGGACAAGCAAACGCAGAAAAAUCAACCGUGAACAAAACUGACCUCACUGAAUCUGUAAAAAAAAGUAAAACGGAAAACGCAGAGAUUACGGAAGCCAAGAACGUAGAAAACAAAAUUACUGUAGAGAAAGAAAGAGAAGAUAAAACUUCUGAAGAGAUGGAAGUCGAUAAAACUGCAGAGGAGACCAAAAAUGACGAACUGAAAGGUGAACAAGACAAGAAAAUAGACCUCAUUGCUGCCGACAAAUUGGAGAUAAAACUGAAAAUUCCAGAAAAAGAAGUAGAGGAGAAUGUAGAAAAAAUGGACGUAGAUGAACCAACGUCGAGCGAAGAAAAACAACAUGAGGAGGAAAAAGGGAAAGUUCAAGAUAGACCGAGUAAAAAGUCUGUAGAAGUAGAGAAAGCAGUGGCUAAAACUACAGAAAAGUUGGAAGUAGAAUCAAAACCUUCCGAAAUUAAGGAAGGCGUGACUGUCAAAAUACCAAAAACUACGAAGCAAGAAGAAAAUAAAGAGUUGGAUGUUACAGAAAAACCGGAAGCUGAAAAAUUAGCCGAGAAUAAGUCUGUAGAAAAAUCUCCAGAAAAGAAGCCAGAGGAAAAGACGGUCGAAAAACCUACAGAGAAAAAAUCGGUUGCAGUUGAGAAAAAACCAGUUCAAAAGAAAUCUGUAGAAAAACCUGCAGAAAAAAAGUCUACAGUAAAGAAAAUAGAAGAACCGAAACCUGUUCAAGAAGAAGAAAAAAGACGAGAGAAGAAAAAAGCAGAUGUAGAUAAAACUGCAGAGGAGACCAAGAAUGGAGAACCGAAAGACGAUGAAGGCAAAGAAAUAAACCUUAAAGCUGCCGAAAAAUUGGAUGAUAAACUGAAAAUUCCAGAAAAAGAAGCACAGGAGAAUUUAAAAAAAAUAGAAUUCGACGAACCGAGUGAAAAGCCGGUAGAAGUUGAGAAAGCUGAAAAAUCAACCGAGAAUAAGUCUGUAGAAAAAUCUUUAUCUGGUACAAAUUCUAAGACACAAGAUUCCGUAGAACCGAAACCUGUUGACAAGCCUGUAGUAAAGGUGAAAAUUCAAGAACAGAAACCCGUGGAAAAGCCUACAGAUAAAAAACCUGCUGAGCAAAAAUCGGUUGAUACUUCUAAGACACCGAAACCUGUAGAAAAACCGACAGAACAAAAAUCUGCUGAUAAUUCUAAGACACUCAAGCCUGUAGAAAAACCGGUUGGAGCUUCUAAUAUAUCGAAAGCUAUAGAAAAGCCUGCAGAACGAAAAUCUGUUCAGGCUUCUAAGACACCGAAACCUGUAAAAAAAGCUGUUGAACCUUCUAAGAAACCGAAGCCGGUAGAAAAACUUGCAGAACAAAAACCUGCAGAACAGACACCUACAUUACAAAAACCUGCAGUAAAAAAAUCUGUUGAAGCUUCUAAGGCAUCGAAGCCUGUAGACAAACCUGCAGAACAAAAAUCUGUUGAAGUUUCUAAGACGCCAAAACUUGUAGAAAAACCUGCAGCACAAAAAUCCGUUGAAGCUUCUAAGACACCGAAGCCGGUAGAAAAACUUGCAGAACAAAAACCUGCAGAACAGAAACUUGCAGUCCAAAAACCUGCAGUAAAAAAAUCUGUUGAAGCUUCUAAGGCACCGAUGCCUGUAGAAAAUCCUGCAGAACAAAAACCUGUUGAAGUUUCUAAGACACCGAAACCUGUAGAAAAACUUGCAGCACAAAAAUCUGUUGAAAUUUCUAAGCCACCGAAACCUGUAGAAAAACUUGCAGAACAAAAACCUGUGGAACAGAAACCUACAUUAACAAAACCUGCAAUAAAAAAAUCUGUUGAAGCUUCUAAGGCAUCGAAGCCUGUAGACAAACCUGCAGAAGAGAAAUCUGUUGAAGCUUGUGAGACACCGAAAUCGGUAGAAAAACCUGCAGAACAAAAAUCGGUUGCAGCUUGUAAGACACCAAAACCCCCAGAAAAAAAAUCUGUUGAUACUUCUAAAACACCGACGCCUGUAGGAAAAUCUGGAGAACAAAAAUCGGUUGAAACUUCUAAGACACCAAAACCUGCAGAGCAGAAAUCUGUUCAAUCUUCCAAGGCGCAAAAGCCUGUAGAAAAACCUGCAGAACAAAAACCUGUUGAAGUUUCUAAGACGCCAAAGAUUGUAGAAAAACCUGCAGAACAAAAACCUGUUGAAGUUUCUAAGACUGUGAAACCUGUAGAAAAAUCUACAGAGCAAAAAUCUGUUGAAGCUUCUAAGACAUUGAAACCUGUGGAAAAAGCUGCAGAACAAAAAUUUGUUGAAGUUCCGAAGGCAACGAAACCUGUAGAAAAACCUGCAGAACAAAAAUCUGUUGAAGUUCCGAAGACACCAAAGCCUGUAGGAAAACCUGCAGAACAAAAAUCGGCUGAAGCUUCUAAGACACCAAAACCUGCAGAAGAAAAAUCUGUUGCAGCUCCGCAGACACUGAAGCCUGUAGGAAAACCUGCAGAACAAAAAUCUGUUGAAGCUCUGAAGACACCGAAGCCUGUAGGAAAACCUGCAGAACCAAAAUCGGCUGAAGCUUCUAAGACACCAAAACCUGCAGAACAGAAAUCUGCUGAAGCUUCUGAGAUCCCAAAGCCUGAAGAAACACCUGAGGAUCAAAAAUCUGUGGAAGCUUCUAAGACACCGAAACCUGUAGGAAAACCUGCAGAACAAAAAUCGGUUGAUGCUUCUAAGACAACAAAACCUGCAGAAGAAAAAUCUGUUGCAGCUCCGCAGACACCGAAGACUGUAGGAAAACCUGUAGAACAAAAAUCUGUUGAAGCUCCGAAGACACCGAAGCCUGUAGGAAAACCUGCAGAACAAAAAUCUGUUGAAGCUCCAAAGACACCGAAGCCUGUAGCUUCUAAGACACCAAAACCUGCUGAGCAGAAAUCUGUUGAAUUUUCCAAGACACCAAACCCGGAAGAAAAACCUGCAGAACAAAAACCUGUUAAAGUUUCUAAGGCAGCGAAACCUGCAGAACAAAAACCUGUUGAAGCUUCUAAGACUCCGAAACCUGCAGAACAAAAAUCUGUUGAAGCUCCGAAGACACCGAAACCUGUAGGAAAACCUGCAGAACAAAAAUCUGUUGAAGCUCCAAAGACACCAAAGCCUGUAGCUUCUAAGACACCAAAACCUGCAGAGCAGAAAUCUGUUGAAUUUUCCAAGACACCAAACCCGGAAGAAAAACCUGCAGAACAAAAACCUGUUGAAGUUUCUAAGGCAGCGAAACCUGCCGAACAAAAAUCUGUUGAAGCUCCGAAGAUACCGAAGCCUGUAGGAAAACCAGCAGAACAAAAAUUGGUUGAAGAUUCUAAGACACCAAAACCUGCAGAACAGAAAUCUAUUGAAGCUUCUAAGACACCGAAGCCUGUAGACAAACCUGCAGAACAAAUAUCCGCUGAAGCUUCUAAGACACCAAAGCCUGACGAAAAACCUGAGGAACAAAAAUCUAUUGAAGCAUCUAAGACACCGAAACCUGUAGAACAAAAAUCCGUUGAAACUUCUAAGACACCCAAGCUUGUAGAAAAACCUGCAGAACAAAAAUCUGUUGAAGCUUCUAAGACACCGAAACCUGUAGGAAAACCUGUGGAACAAAAAUGCGUUGAAACUUCUAAUACACCCAAGCCUGUAGAAAAACCUGCAGAACAAAAAUUUGUAGAAGCUUCUAAGACACCGAAACCUAUAGAAAAACGUGCAGCUGAAGAAAUUACAAUAAUAGGCGAAGAAAGUAACGAUAAAACGGAAACUACUUCUAAACCCAAAGAUUUGAAAGCUAAAGUUGAUCAAUCACCAACAGUUGUAACAGAAAAUCAAAAAGUCCUUGAUGUUGCUAAACCAACUUCAGUGACACAAUCUGUCGGAAAAGAAGCUGUAGUUGAUGAAUCUUCAAGAGAAUCUACAAAAAAGCAGGAGAUUAAAGAAGAACUAUCGGAGUUGGAGAUCGUAGAAGAAAAACCUGUAAAUUCGAAUGGUUCGUCAGAAGGAAGACUGGUUGUAGAUAUUGCUGAUGAUGUUGAAGUUAUCGUAAUGAUAGAGAAAAGCGAGACGGAAUUGAGUGUUAAAUCUGAGUCUCCAGUUUCUGCAGCUGCAGUUCCUAAUAAUACAGAUAAACCUCUUCAAGAAAAUGCAGCGAAGAAACGAAAACUUAAUGAAACUAGUCCGGAUGAAGAGAAUGAAGAAAUUAACGUUGCUAAGAAAAUUGCACUUUCGACGAAUAUAGUGCCGGGUGAGAAGGUGAAAUCAGAAGUUGCUAAAUUCAGUGGAGAGUUGAUAGACAUUGGAUCCAGUCCGGAGAAUUCUGAAAAGGUGGGUGCUUCGGAGACUUCAAAGAAUAAUACAGUGAACGUUGUUGUGAGUGCCGAGAACAAACCAGAAUCGACCAGCGGGAAGAAACUGGAUAUGACUGAUGAAGAAAUUAUGAACAAUUUGGACGAAAUUGAGAGCAUUGUUUUGAAUUCAACAUCGUUUAAGGUCGACGGUGAAACUAAAAAGGAGAGCGAAGGAGAGAAGAAAGAAGAUCCGAGUGUGGUGAAGCACAAGAACGAGUGGUACGAACCUAAGUUACAAGAAAAACAUGAACUUGUUAAGGAACGUUUGGCAAAAUUGGCUCGAGUGCUAGAAUAUUCUUAUCCAUCGUACAAAAAAUGGUUGAACGCGGUCCAAUCCAACAUCGGCACUCCAGUUUGCAGAUUAAAACCACCGAGACGAUGUUCUUUAAAACAACCCCAUACAAAUCGUUGGAAGUUCACAUGCAACAAAAAGCGCGAACAGCUGUCUUCGGAGGACGAGAAUAAGAGGAGAGGAAGAAUAACCUGGACGUUGGAGCCUUCAGGUGCCCAGGAUUCAGAUUUCAAUAGUCCCAUCGAAUAUCCACCUUUUGUAAUGCGUGCUGUCAAGAUAUUUGAAGAAUUUCUGGCAACCACAUCAGUGGAAUGUGAAGAAGGAUUAACAUUUACGCGAGAAGAGGUUCCAAAAACAAUCACUAACAUUUCUGAUGUAGUCGCCGUUGAUGACAAACCGGCCCCGAAAUUGAAAUUGGAUUGGUUAUGGCUUCUGGUUCGGUGUAAUCGGAAAAACGAACUUAUGUUUUUUGUAACGGCCAAAAACCUCAAUGCUGAUAUCAUGGAUCGUUUGAAAUGUUUAUUUGAAACCGGACCUGGUAAAACUUGCAAUGUAAAGUCACUUUACUGCAAAACCAUGCUGAGAGCUGACAACACAAAUCAUUCGAACACGACUUUUGUUAUGGGACUCGAAGCUCUUGAAGAAGUCGUUGGAGGAGUAAAACUCCAACUUGGACCAAAGACAAAUUUCUGGUCGAAUGCGGCAGGUGCUGAAAGUCUUGGAAAUGCAAUUUGCGAUCACCUUGCACCGACACCAAAAACUACAGUCGUCGAAAUUGGAUGUGGGAUCGGAUUGAUGGGUCUUAUGAUGGCAAAUAAAUGCCAAAAGAUCAUUGGCUUGGACUCACCGGCAGAAGUUGAAGAGGCGGAAAUGAUUUGUCAAUUAAAUAAUAUUAAAAACGCGUCUUUUGUGAUGGGACAACCUACGGAAGUUAUGGCUACGAUUGCGAAUGUGCUUACGAAUUGCAGAGCUUCGGCUAUCGUCAACACUAAUUCAUACAUUGGCAGAGGAGUCGAAGUCAUGUCCAGCAUUCGGAGAAUAGCAAGCCUACGGCGAUUGGUUCUAGUCACAACAUUAACGAAACAGUCAGUCCGUUCAAUUCUGGAACUGACAAGACCCGCAUCUGGAAAUUUGGGAAAUCCCUUCAUUCCCAUCAGAGCUUGCGUCGUCGACACUUUACCGGCCGGCCCUCAUUUCGAAGCCGUAAUCCUCAUGGAGCGCAGAGUGAUGGAGAAAAUCAUUCCCUCACUCGAUCUCCGACCGAAAAACCAAAUUCCAAAUCCAAACGCGAAAAAUCAAGGAAAGGGCGCAAACAAAGCGGAGGAAAAACUUUACCCGCAGAAAUUCGAACCCGUCAAACCUUCCCCUGCCUUCAAGAAAAACUUUGCUCCUCCCAACAAGAACAAUCUUGAAAAUCUCCAAGAAAACAGGAACAAGUUUGCAGUAAAACGAAGCCACUCGCCCGAAAUUAUCGAGGAAAUACCCACGAAACAGCCCAAAAAGCCUAUCACCUUCAGUAUCAAGCCAGAUACUGCGAAACCAAAACAACCUCCACCAAAACAAAAGACUUGGGACGAUCCAACCACGAAAAGAUCCUUCGAUGAUCCUCCAACGAAGCCAAAGUCCUUUGAUGAUUUACCGCCCAGACAAAAGCCCUGGGAAGAGUCACCAGUGAAACGUAAAGCUUGGGAAGAAGCGCCGUCGAAGAAGAAACCCUGGGAAGAUCAACCGUUGAAGGAGAACCCGUGGGAGGAACCUACCCAGAGACACAAACCAUGGGAGAAACCUCCACAGGCAAAAACCUGGGAGGCUCCAAAGAAACCACAGUGGAAGGAAGAGGAGAAUCCAAUAUUUAAAGUUAAUCCGUUGCACGAGAAAAAGUCACGCGAACAGCAAGAUCUUCGCGAGAGGCUUUCCGCGAGUCGAGCCGAAUCUUCUACAAGUCGACCAGAGCCCGCCUCGAAAAUGAGUCUCUCCGCUGCCCAAAAAGUUAAAGAGUCACACCGACUGAUGGCCCAUGCGAAAGAGAAGAUGAACGCCGGCUCGGCCCCCCUCGACGAGGACACUGCCAAGCAACUUGAGAAUAUGCUUGACAAAGUUCUCGAACAGACGACCAAGAUUCACAAUCAGGUUUCCGUCUGGGAUCGAAUUGCCCCGGCACCAGAAAACGACAAAUCCGGAUUGUCGGAUGGAAAUACCUCGGAUGGUUAUAUUUUCGAUGAUCGCGGACUGCUGGACAGGAAGCCUCGCAAGUUCCGUCCACCAUCUCCGACUCCUCCAGGACCUAAGAAGUAUUCCAACAUUCCACCCUUGGAACCCAAUCUCGUUAUGCCGGCUGAUUUUGCCUCGAGUAGCGCUGCCUCCGCAUCUAGCAAGUUCAACAAAAAGAAAUACCGAGGACAGUAUCGACAGCAUCUGCUGGAAAAGAUGAACAAGAUGAAAGCUGAAUUGGCACAGAAGCGGACAAAGUCUUUCCCGGAGCGAUCAGUCUCACCUUACAGUAGAUCCAUAUCACCGGGGCUAUCGGCUCUGGGGAAGAUUUCCCCGAAGAGAUCUGUCUCGCCGACGAGGUCGAUUUCUCCGCGGCGAAGAGAGGUCUUUAGACGUUCGCCCGCAAGAUAUUCGCCCGGCAGACCCACCUCUUCAGCAAGACAUUCGCCGAGGCGUUCUCCCAUCAGGCUUUCACCUGGGAGACACUCACCCAUCAGACUUUCGCCAGGUAGACAUUCCCCGAGGCGGUCUCCCUCAAGACACUCGCGCGGCUUCUAUUCUCCCCAUGGUUCUUCUCGUCCGGAUCCACGUCAUGGCUCGCUGAAACGCUCGAGCUCGCCGAAACGGUCAUACUCUCCGAUUGCAAGAUCGACUUCGCCAAUGAGACGGGAAAUUAGAAGAGUCCACUCGCCGCCACCAAGACAUCAUUCCCCGAGACGUUCACCUCUAAGACGCCAUUCGCCGAGAAGAGUCUCGCCUUACUCGAGAGUUUCGCCAAGAAGAGGAUCUCCGCAGUACUUGUCGCCAACAUCGAGAGUAUUAUCUCCGAGAAGAGCUAUGUCUCCAGUGCUGCUAAGACUUUCGCCUCCAAGGCGCGCGAAGACGCCACCCAGGGCGACACCUCCAGCCAGGUAUGAAGACGAGUGGGACAUUCCAACCAGAGGAGCCGUAGAGGACAAAAGCUGGAAGCGACCUGAGGAGCGUUGGGAAGAAGAGAGGAAGAGAUCUUCCUGGGAGUCGCCGACACGAGCCCUGUCAAGGGAAGUUGAGCGCGAACGGGAAAGAGAACGAGAACGCGAGAGAGAGCGAGAGCGUGAGAGAGAACGCGAACGGGAAAGAGAGCGGGAACUCGAGAGAGAGCGCUACAUAAAAGAGACAAAGGAGAGUUGGUAUGCAAAAGAGAUCAAACCUCCGAUAGAUUAUUCUCCGCCGAAAGGAAGCUGGUCCACAGCUCCUGCCGGCUUGAGCACCGACUCCUGGAACAUAAGACCCAAGGAAACGACAAAGCCUUCCUGGAUGGAGAAGGCAAGGUGGGAUGGGAAGAAUGACUCAAUGAAGGACGAGUGGAACGAUUUGCCAGAGGAUGCGAGAGAUCCCUGGGCCGAGGACGGAGGUGCCGAUGAUGGUAGCAAGGAAAUCAUGGCCAAAUUUAAUCCUCCGAGUUGGGAUAGGGAAAUAGAGAGGCAGAGGGAAGCGCCGAAACAGGAAAGUUGGCCAUCUGCACAUCCGGGACAUCCAUCCAUGUCACAUAUGAUGAUGGGACAUGGAGUUCCACAUCCCGUGCCCCAACCUGUGCCACAUCCCUCGGCAGUUGGGCACCCGGGCGGACUUCAUCCGAUGGCCGGUAAAUCCCAGUGGACACAGCCGGCUGCCCCGCCAGAAUCGAGAAUGCCCUGGACGCCGUUGAAUGAAAUCAUGAAAAGAAUGCAGGGCAGCUCCUGGCCCGCUGAACAGCCGGUUCUCAAUCCUUACCAUCAGGGACCGGAAAUGUAUCCACCGAGGCCGGGAUAUCCGAAUCCGAAUAUGUAUCCGGACAGGCACUAGAGGUUUGGUUAUGUUUUGUUAAUUUUUCAUGGGAGAAUACGCAUGCGAAAAAGGUUGAAAUUAUGAGAACUGAGAGUGAAAUUUCAGGGAUACUACUCUUUAUGGUUGAAAGGGCAGAAACAAAGUUCCGCGAUUUGAAAUUCGCGCCUAAUCUCCCAAGGCCGCACUUAGACAUAACCUCUAACUUUGACCUCAGUUUUUCGCGAAUUUUACAUUUUCUUGACUUGUAUUUUCAUACCGACUGUGUUUAAAAAAACAAAAAUAACAUUCCGCGAUGUUAAGUUCGCGCUUGAAAUUUCAAGGCCAUACUUUUAAAAUAUAUUUUAAAGUUUAAUAAGAAUUUUCUGUGUUAAUGUAACUUUUUUUGAAGAGAAAAAAAAACCUCUUAAACGUAAUGCCUGGUACUCCGAGAAAUAUCACGUGAAACGAGUUAUGUUUAACGAGGAAAAUAAAAACGAGUAGGUAAAAAGUUUAGUUUGAUGAAUUUGAACGUUAAUUUUUAAUGGGAACUUGUUAGAAAAUGCCAUACUUUUAAUUUAAGCAUUUCACUAUCUAAAAAGAUGUAAAUAACUAUCUUAAAGUUAUUAUUCUUCCGAAGCUCUUCUCUAAAUUUUUACUUUGAUCGCACGUGUAUUCAAUACAAAAUUAUUUGGAAAAUUAUAGAAGCGUUUCGUGAAUUCAGACUCACAAAAAAAAUUCCAUUUUAAAAGCUUCUUUUGGUUUGCCUUUCCGCGUUUUUUACGAUCUGAAUAAGAGAGAAAGAAGAGAUUAAGCCAAAUAAAAAAAGAAACUGAAGUUAAAAAUUAACAAUGAAAAGGAUCAUAAUUUUCAUUUGAAAAACUGAUGAACAGAUAAAAGAAGCUAAAUAAUUGAUCGGAUCUAUAUUAUGAUAAUAAUUACAUUUUUGUUAAAGUUGCUGUGCAGAAAAGAAGAGUGUUUUUUGAUUUAAAGCGGCUUUAUCUGUUAUAUUAAAACGGGAGGGAGAGCGGUAACAAGAGCCUUAUUAAAGAAUGAGUGAUGUUUUCUUACAGGAAAAACAUACAUGGAGUUUGUAAUUACUUGUGGAAUACGACUCACUUGAUUUGCCACAUACAAUGCACGAUUUUUUUUAAAGUGCAUUUCGAAAAAAACCGAAAGACUUGAGUGAUUCCAAGUUGUCGGGAGAGUGAAGAAAAAUUCCAUUAUUCAAUUCGAUGCACGUUUAAACACGUAUAUUAUAUAGUAUGAUAAGUGAAAUAUUCGAAAUUGAAGUUAUUUUCACUAUUUGUAUUUUUUGUUUAAAAAUAUGUUAUAUUUAAGGCAGCAUAUGUUCUGGAUUUCAUAACCCAACGCCCCAACAUUUUGCGAUGCAGGUUUUUGCAUUUAAAAAUUAUAAUUAGAGUUAUCGUAGAGUAAGUCGAGUAUGUAAUUUUUGUUACCUGUCGUAUAUAAUAAAUAAUACAUAUGAAUCCAA